UUCUCAGCGAACCUCACAGCACAUUUCCUCCUCACACCCAUUUAGUGUGGACACAAACUGUGUGGGUGCUAUGUUGCUGUCGUUCUUAAUUGUCAGUGUUCUGGUCACUGUAUCGAUUUCCACAAGGACUUUUCAUCCCGAUGAUCCCUGGGAAACCUGGAAAAAUCUCUUUGGAAAAAGAUAUAACACUCAGGAUGAAGAGUAUUUAAGGUUAAACAUUUGGCUGCAGAAUGCGAUGAAAGUGAUCAACCACAAUGUGGACUUUAAACUGGGGAAAGCAUCGUUCUCUCUCGCUCUCAAUCACUUGACUGAUUUGACAGAUGAGGAAUUUGUGAACAUGUAUCUCGGGAUCAGACCAUCUGAAGAAGAGAUAGAGGAUGAAGAGACGGUAUUAGCGGAGGAGGAGGUAGAGAACAAGACACAAUUACCUCGGAGCAUUGAUUGGCGAAAUACUGAUCGAGUCACACAUGUCAAAUCUCAGAAAAGGUGUGGGGCUUGUUAUGCGUUCUCUGCUCUGGGGGCAAUUGAGGGUCAAUUGACCAAAAAUGGACUUCCUUUGACAUCCCUGAGUGAGCAGCAAAUUGUUGAUUGUGCCAAAGGCUUCACUGCUUACGGCUGUUCUGGAGGUCGACCCAGUGGAGCUUUUAAAUAUAUCAAAAAAUACGGUAUUAUGUCUCAGAAAAAUUACCCUUACAAAGCAAAGAAAGGAAAGUGCACAUAUAACAAAGAUUUAAUUGUAACAAAAAUUAAGAGCUUCAAACAAGUCAAGCCCAAAACUGAAAAGGCUUUAGCCAAUGCUGUUGCGACAAUUGGGCCAAUCUCUGUGUUAGUGACAAGCAACACUAACAAUUUUAGACAUUACAAAAAUGGAAUUUUGUAUGACACUGAAUGCACACCUCGGAAACCAGUUGACCACGGGAUGUUAUUGGUCGGUUUUGGGGAGGAGAACGGACAGAAAUAUUGGAUAUUAAAAAAUAGUUGGGGGAAACGUUGGGGUAAAAAUGGUUACGUUUAUCUGGCACGAGACAGAGGGAACCAUUGCAAAAUUGCGAGUGCAGCCACCUAUCCUGUCCUCUAAGAGACUGACAUGUGGAGUGAGUAGGUCUGUGUGGGAGUGAGGCAUUGUGAAGCUCUGAGACAAUAAAUCAGAUAUUUGCAUAACUAAACCCAAUAUCUUGUCCUUUUCAUUGCUGAUGGAUUAACUAGAG